AUGAAGUCUAGCGUGUCUCUGCUCAUUUGUUUUUUGCACACCACGUUUAAAUUAGUUCCCGGAGUCGAAGUCGAAGUAGGACAAGGCGUACGAAUCGUUCUCGCUGGAGUGAUGACGACAGUGAUAAGAGUCGUGAUCGGAGUAAAUCUCGUGACGACGACGAUGACAUGGAAGAGGAAGAAGGAGAAGUUCGAAAGGAUGCUUCAGAGGAGGAUGAUUUUGAAGAAUCGGAUGAUCGCAAAAGUCGGCGUAGACGUAAGGAAUCUUCCCCUGCGCGUCGCCGAAGUCCAGACCGAGAAGCUAAAAGAGAGAAAGAAAAUGAAUGAUGGAUUGCAGUUGAUGGAAGAAAUCAAGCGUAGUGGCGUACAGCCGGUUGAAGUUCGUGUACUGCGCUAUCGACUCAGGAACGCAGAGCAAGCUCAAGGAUUUGGCGUCAUUGAAUUCGAACGAAAAGAGGAUGCGAAUGCGUGGGUUGAGAAUUUCCAGGUCAGUGGACUUGAACCGUAUGGUCUUGAGCAAUGGAGUGGAGUGCUCAAUGGAAGUUUACGGUACUGCCCCGCAAUCGAUGACGUACGAACAGUUCGACCGGAUUCGUUCGCGAACGAGCUGGAGCUGCGUUAUACAAUUUUGGUUCGAAACCUGGAGCCGUGGACGACGGAAGACUCCAUUCUCCGUAUUCUACAGACUACCUCUUCUCUCCCCAUCAAGAAAAUUAGUUUACGUGAAGCUGGAAAGUCGGGCGUUGUGUGCCUAAUCGAAAUGUACAAUAUUUCGGAUGCUGGGGAAUUGUUACGUGCUUUGGAAGAACGCGAAUUUGUCACUCCUGCUGGUCGUGAACCUGUUGUGACUUAUGGUAAACCUCCAACGUCCAGUGCAGCGGCAACUUCAAAUGCAAUCGACUCUGCACAAUGGGCGUCGAAGUCUCAAACCGAACAGCCGGUCUCAUUUGCUGAUAAAAGUUCUGCCAAUUCCAGCAAAGUCGGCGUUCCGAUUGUGCAGCAAAUGCCCACGUACGAUCCAAAAAAUCCAGAACAGAGCUUGCGGAAGCUCGCCGAAUACUCAGCAUCAGUUUACGCUGCAACUCCUGAAGAAUGGCAGUACUACAUGAAUUAUUACAAGGAUUUUUACGCAAAACAGGCCGCCAGUGGAUCAUUGAUCAACUCUAAAACACAAUCAAGUGCCGCAGAUGCUGCUGCGUUGGCAGUCCAAGGCGCAGUUGCGAAAAGCAGAGACGAAAAAGCGAACACGAUGGGUAUUUUGCAAGCGAAGGCUAUUCUGGGAGGUAAAGAACCCCUCAUCGAUAUUGGUAGAAUCGGGGAGAAAGGCGUUCAACUGCCUCCUCCAGAUACGUUGAAGUAUGUGUACGACCCGUCUAGUGGUUACUACUUGGACCCUGUGACUCAUUUGUAUUAUGAUGCGAAUACUACGUAUUACUAUGAUGCGCAUGGAUCGAGGUUCUUAUACUGGGACCGGGAAGAGCAGAAUUAUCUCCCUGUCAAUGGUGCAUCGGAUGCGAACAGCGGGGAUCCAAAGAAGGAUAAAGCUCAAGCUGCAAAAAAGAUCGCCAAAGAUAUGGAAAAAUGGGCAAAAUCAAUGAAUCAGAAAAAGCAAUCCAACUCGUCGACCUCCGUCUCCGCCGUGCCAGCGACUACUGGAACACCAGUCGCUGGGUCUUCCGGGCCGACCUCUGGAGCUGCAGACGCGGGUUUCGCUGUGCUUCAAGGGAAAUCCGUUGCUCCGAUUCGCUUCGGUAGAACUCCUCUCAACCCAACAGCAUCGGAUUUUGACGAAUCCAAUGAUGCGGAGUCGAAUAAUGACGACGGUGAUGCGUCGGAAUUCACGGAUUGGAACAAGCUGGCGUGUUUACUGUGUAAGCGCCAGUUCCCGUCGCGAGAGGUGCUGAUGAAGCACAACUCCCUGUCAGCGCUUCAUAAAGAGAAUAUGGAAAAGUGGCGUAUGUCUGUUGCGGUGGAGAGGAAACCGGCGACGGAGCCGCCGAGGUCCAUGUAUGGGCUUCAUGGCAUCAAGCGACACCGAUGACAAUGCCGGAUAUUGUUCAUAAUAUUCCCAUGUUCUCGAAGCUUUCUCUGCUAUAUUUUUCUUUACGAAUUUUGUGUUCUAUGAUUGAAUGUCCUUUGAAUAACAAUGACUGCGUUUUGAAGUCGGAGGGCAGGAUUUUAUUCUCAUGCGUUGAAACAUCAGGAUUUACCUGUGCUACCCGAUACGAACGAUUCAAGUCUUGAUUCUUUUCUCUGGAUGCAAUUGUGUAGUCAUGAUCAUCAUCUCUGUUUUUGCCGUUUUUUUCUAUAAAACGUGAAUCUUCCACUUUUGGGAAUGCUACAUCGUAUUUGAAUAAAUUAUGGUUUUAUUUUUCAGAAAAAAAAAAGGUUCUUGAAGAAAUACAGCUGUUGACCCCAUCAGGGUCCGUCGAAUUUGGAGAAGGUUGUUUUUUCUUCAAGGUACUUUUGUGUUCCUAAAAGUUUUUCUUUUGUACCGGAAAGUUUUAUGAGAAUUGAUGCUGUUCUCGCGUCCCAUGCUGGUUUUCUGUCCGAGCGUGUUCAGUAAAAUACAUUUCGUUCUUCUGAUGCGUUCUGUACUGUUGAAUAAUAAUCGCGGGCA